AAAAAAGGUCUUCCCCUUUUUAUUUCUUUCGAACCCGAAUUUUUCGUAUUUUUCUUGAAAAAAAAAAAAACUCCCCCAAAAAAUCUUUCUUUAAAGAAAUGAGUGAGAAUGAAAUUGAUUUAGAUGAUUUAGAUAUUUCUGAUAAGGAAGAAUUCCUUGAAUCUUUAAAAGAACCAAAGAAACUUGCUUUAGAAAUUUGUCCUGUUGAAACUUGGACACAAAUAAUUUCUUACCUUGAAGAUAUUCCAACUUUAACUUCUUUAUCUUUAACAUGUUCAACUUUAAGAGUAUUAACCAAACAACAAUUAUUAUCUCAAAUGGUAACAAUUCCUUCAUUAAAUAAAUUGUACCUUUUUACCAAAAAUUUACAUCCAGAAUUUACCAAUCAAAAUGAUAUUACAUUUAAAAUGCAUAAAUAUAUUGAUAAAGUUGUAAUUGAAGAAAGUGGAGUUGAACCUUCAAAAUGGACUGAUAAUAUGUAUGAAUGGGAUGGUUAUAAUCAAUUAUUAGAUGAUUGGAAAAAUCAAGAAGAUUUUAGUAAAAGUGUUGGUAAAAAAGGUAAAGCUAAAAAUAAAUCUUAUAUUGAAUGGGAAAAGAAUGUUGAAAAUAAGAAAAAAUUUUACAGACGAGAAUUAGCAAAAUGUUGGGCUGUUGCUGGAAAAUUUUUUCCAUUUAGGUAAAAACUUAUAUAUUUAUAUAUAUAUAUAUAUAUAACUAUAAAAUAUAUAAUAUAUUAUAUAUAUUUUUAUUAAAUCUCAGUCAUGCUGAGAAUAGAGAAUGGAAAAAGAAACGUCAAGACAAAACUUCAACUGAUGAUAAUAAUGAAUUACCUCCAGAAGAAAAAGAAAGUAAGUCUAAUCAUUCACAAAAACAACCAUCAAAACAUCAUCAACGUCAUCAAAUGAAGUCGCAAUCGGUAAAUCAAAAGCCACCAAAGGCCCCAAGACGUAAAGAUUUAGAAAAUAAAAUGAAUCAAUCUAAAAAUUCUGAUAAUAAUAAGUGGAAAUUUUCGCAUGAAAUACGUAAUCAACCUAAACCAAGAAGACCUAAUAUAGGUAAAGGGGAAGAAGACUUUAAUCGUACAAUCUUGACAAAUUAUGUUACUCCUAAAAAUUUUAAUUCAGGCGUGAAUUUUGAGGG